AUGUAUGAAAACACGGCUAUACAUUGUAUGGAAGCGGCGGUUGUGAACAUUAGCGCGAUUGACAGGAACAAGCCGCUUGUUACCGCGCCCGCGCCGAGAUGCGUAUCGUACCUUUGGGCUACUGUUUUCGAAGAACCAGCGACAUCUGGCGACAGCGGUGACGAAAGUGGCAGCGAACUAGAAUUCAUCGACAAACCCAUGCAGAAUCAGCAGGAUUGGAACGGCAAUAACGAAAAGGAUUUAAACAAUAGAGAAUCACCACCCGAAAACCAACCCUCUACCUCAAGUGCAAACCAGGAAGAGAACAAGACAAGUCAACCAUCUCUACCACGGCUCCUACCAAAGAUAGACCUGCCGGGAGGUGCAAUGUUGUACCCCUCGGGGCGAAUCAAGGGCAGGACGGUGCAGCAUCGUCAUCUAGCCAACCGCAGUUCAUCACAAUUCCGCUGUCAAUGGCUAUGGCCGCAGCUGGGCCUGCUGCUAACGGCUGCCCGAGCGCAUCCAGCGACGAUAGCAGUGAAUUACAAGACCUCAGUACCGGUACUAGGAAAUGAUUGUAUUCCUGCAGAAGUCACGAGGUGA